GGGUGCGGUCGCAGUGGCCGGUCUGAAGCCGGAGCCGAAUCCCCUGCACCAGCAGCGCACGCCCUCGCCUGCCCUCCUCCGUCUCCAGGUCUCUGCCGCCGACCUACACGUAGAUUAGUGUGAUCUCAACUCAAGGCAAACCGUGGCUACCAUGGCAUCUCCCUGGGUUGGACAACGAGGGACAGUGAGAGAUUACCCAGGCUUUAGCCCUUCAGUGGAUGCCGAAGCCAUUCGGAAAGCCAUCAAAGGAAUUGGAACCGACGAGAAGACACUCAUCAGCAUUCUGGCUGAGAGGUCAAGUGCACAGCGGCAGCUGAUUGUCAAGGAAUAUCAAGCGGCAUAUGGGAAGGAGCUGAAAGAUGACUUGAAGGGUGAUCUCUCUGGCCACUUUGAGCAUCUCAUGGUGGCCCUUGUGACUCCGCCAGCAGUGUUUGAUGCAAAGCAGCUGAAGAAAUCCAUGAAGGGUACUGGAACAGAUGAAGCUACCUUGAUUGAAAUCUUAACCACCAGGACAAGCAGGCAAAUGAAGGAAAUCUAUCAGGCCUACUAUACAGUGUAUGAGAAGAGUCUUGGAGAUGACAUUAGCUCUGAAACAUCUGGUGACUUCCGGAAAGCUUUGUUGAUUUUGGCAAACGGAAGACGAGAUGAAAGUCUGAAAGUGGAUGAACAUCUGGCCAAAAAGGAUGCCCAGAUUCUGUACAACGCUGGUGAAAACAAAUGGGGCACAGAUGAGGACCAGUUCACCGAGAUCCUGUGUCUAAGGAGCUUCUCUCAGCUAAAGCUAACCUUUGAUGAAUACAGAAAUAUUAGCCAGAAGGACAUUGAGGACAGCAUAAAAGGAGAAUUAUCGGGGCAUUUUGAAGACUUACUGCUGGCCAUAGUGGGUUGCGUGAGGAACAUGCCUGCAUUCUUAGCUGGAAGACUGCAUCAAGCUUUAAAGGGUGCUGGGACCGAUGAGUUCACUCUGAACAGAAUCAUGGUUUCAAGAUCUGAAAUUGAUCUUUUGGACAUUCGAGCCGAGUUCAAGAAACAAUAUGGCUAUUCCCUACAUUCAGCAAUUCAAUCAGAUACUUCUGGAGAUUACGAAGCCACGCUCUUGAAGAUCUGUGGAGGAGAUGACUGAGACGACGGGCUCCACAGUCGCCAUCCCUCAACGGGCUCCACUCACUUCUUUCUCAGUCGUGUGCACAACAACCUGUUGCCCUAACACAAGUGUUCACUAUUUCUUAACAACAGCACGGGUGAAAAUGACAAUUUUAGAGUCUCUCAUGCAUAAUAUUAUAGUUUAUAAGUGAGAUUUAACCUGGCAGAACGAUCUACUACUAUUAUCAGAGCGCUGCUUAGGAACUCAAAAUCUGAGUGUCAUUCUGAGCUGCUAAACACAGAGACCUAACUUAAAAA